AUGAUGCUAAAGCGCUCAAGAUUUAGACCAUUAUAUCUUGCUUUAGCUCUACUAGCAGUCGUAUGUUUCAUAGCAUUCUUCAAUUCAACAAGAACAAAGAUACCAACUGUUGAAGAAAUAAAUUCCGAAAAAGAAUUAUUUAUAACAAACAAAAAUAGACCAUGCACUACAGGUUCACAUACAAAUUACGUAAAACCACCUAGCUAUGCAAUGAAAAUCGGAACAAAUAAUUGGCUUACAAAAGAUCUUGAAUCCAGAAUUCAAUCAGCUGAGUUUGGCAACUGCCCAACGUGUAAUAUGAAUAAAUUCAACAAGAAUGGCACAUCAACUCAACGCGAUUUCAUAAUUACUUCGAUGAUGAAUUGUUCUAACAACGUUCAAACGUUUAUGCGAUCAUUACGUUCCACAGGAUGUUCAGCUAUAGUUAUAAUAUUCUGUGAUAACCUUGCAAUUAAGAAACUUUCAGGAUAUCAACAAGUUCUUUUAACAAACUGCGGUGCCGUGCUGAUUAAUAUCGGAUAUAUGGACAAGAAAUACGUAAAGAACCCAUUUGAAAACAGACACCCACUUUUCUACACAUUUUUAUAUCAUUACAAACAUUUAAUGGACAGAGUCAUUAUAAUGGAUCUUCUAGAUUCCGUUUUCCAAGAAGACCCAUUUUCAUCUGCAUUUACUAGUACUACAAUGGCAGCUACCACGGAAAUGCUGAAAUUUUCGCAAUGCGAAAUAAAUACUGACUGGGUUUCAAAAGCAGAUCCAAAUUAUGCCAAAGACUUUUACGAGAAUAGGACUCCACUUUGCUUUGGUAUGGUUUACGGCGGAAUUAAUUGCAUUCUUAAAUUUUAUGAUAUUAUGUUUAGAAGACCCGAAUGGAGUAAGUUCCAAGUUAAGACCAUCGAUCAAGGAUACCUUAGCUAUUACUUUUAUAAAGGAGUCUUCUCAAGUCAAGGUUUAAUUCUUUCUGGAACAAAAGUUGGCGACAAAAUCAUUUCUACACGUGGUGGAAAGGUAUCUAAAGAUAAUGGACCAGCAGGAGAGUUCCUUAUGGAAGGUUCUGACGUUGUUCCAGCUGUUAUUCACCAUUAUAAUCGACAUUGCAAGAUUUGGCAAGAAAUACAAACAUUGUGCCCUGAAAUAGGCCAUGAUGAUGUUGCUUAUGCCAAGCAAAAAGAAAUGAAAGAAAAAUGUCCUCCUCCAAAAUAA